UCAUCCACAUCCACAACCACAACCACAUCCUCAUCCACAUCCACAUCCUUAUCCACAACCACAUCCUCAUCCACAACCACAUCCUCAUCCACAACCGCAAACACAUCCUCAUCCACAACCACAGGCACAUCCACAUCCUCAUCCACAUCCACAGGCACAUCCAAAUCCUCAUCCACAUCCACAACCACAUCCUCAUUUUCAUCCACAACCACAUCCAAAUCCUCAUCCAUAUCCACAUCCACAUCCUCAUCCACAACCACAACCACAUCCACAUCCACAUCCUCAUCCACAUCCUUAUCCUCAUACACAUCCACAUCCACAUCCUUAUCCUCAUCCACAUCCACAUCCUCUUCCACAUCCACAACCACAUCCUCAUCCACAUCCGCAUCCUUAUCCACAACCACAUCCACAUCCACAACAACAACCACAGGCACAUCCACAUCCUCAUCCACAUCCACAUUCACAACUACAUCCUCAUCCUCAUCCACAUCCACAUCCUCAUCCAAGACUUCAUCCACAUCCACAUCCUCAUCCACAUCCACAUCCUUAUCCACAACCACAUCCUCAUCCAAAUCCUCAUCCACAUCCACAUCCUCAUCCACAACUUCAUCCACAUCCACAUCCUCAUCCAAAUCCUCAUCCACAUCCACACCCUUAUCCACAACCACAUCCUCAUCCACAUCCACAUCCACAACCACAUCCUCACCCUCAUCCACAUCCACAUCCUCAACCACAUCCACAACCACAACCACAUCCUCAUCCAUAUCCACAUCAUCAUCCACAACCACAUACUCAUCCACAUCCGCAUCCUUAUCCAUAACCACAUCCACAUCCGCAUCCACAACCAUAUCCACAUCCUCAUCCACAACCACAACCACAUCCUCUUCCACAUCCACAACCACAUCCUCAUCCACAUCCGCAUCCUUAUCCACAACCACAUCCACAUCCACAACCACAACCACAGGCACAUCCACAUCCUCAUCCACAUCCACAUUCACAACUACAUCCUCAUCCUCAUCCACAUCCACAUCCUCAUCAAGAUCAUCCUCAUCCACAUCCUCAUCCACAUCCACAUCCGCAUCCACAUCCACAACCACAACCACAUCCUCAUCCACAACUGCAUCCUUAUGCACAACCACAUCCACAUCCUCAUCCACAUCCUCAUCCACAACCACAUCCUCAUCCACAACCACAUCCUCAUCCACAUCCUCACCCUCAUCCACAACCACAUCCUCGUCCACAACCACAACCAUAACCACAGGCACAUCCUCAUCCUCAUCCACAACCACAGGCACAUCCACAACCACAUCCUCAUCCACAUCCACAUCCUCUUCCAUAUCCACAUCAUCCUCAACCACAUCCUCAUCCACAUCCUCAUCCACAUUCACAUCCACAACCACAUCCUCAUCAUCAUCCACAACCACAUCCUCAUCCACAACCACAUACUCAUCCUCAUCCACAACCACAUCCUCACCCUCAUCCACAUCCACAUCCUCAUCCACAUCCACAUCCACAACCACAACCACAUCCUCAUCCAUAUCCACAUCAUCAUCCUCAACCACAUCCUCAUCCACAUCCUCAUCCACAUCCACAACCACAUCCACAACCACAUCCUCAUCCUCAUCCUCAUCCACAACCACAUCUUCAUCCUCAUCCACAUCCACAACCACAUCCACAUCCUCAUCCACAACCACAACCACAGGCAGACCCUCAUCCACAUCCUCAUCCACAUCCACAUCCUCAUCCACAUUCACAUCCUCAUCCUCAACCACAACCACAAUCACAUCCUUAUCCACAACUGCAUCCUUAUCCACAACCACAUCCACAUCCUCAUCCAUAUCCUCAUCCACAACCACAUCCUCAUCCACAACCACAUCCUCAUCCACAUCCACAUCCUCAUCCACAUCCUCACCCUCCUCCACAACCACAUCCUCGUCCACAACCACAACCAUAACCACAGGCAUAUCCUCAUCCUCAUCCACAACCACAUUCUCAUCCUCAUCCACAACCACAUCCUCAUCCUCAUCCAAAACCACAUCCUCAUCCACAACCACAACCACAUCCUCAUCCUCAUCCAUAACCACAUCCUCAUCCACAUCCACAUCCUCAUCCACAUCCACAACCACAUCCUCAUCCACAUCCACAUCCUUAUCCACAACCACAUCCUCAUCCACAACCACAACCACAUCCUCAUCCACAACCACAUCCUCAUCCACAUCCACAUCCUCACCCUCAUCCACAACCACAUCCUCAUCCACAUCCACAUCCACAGGCACAACCACAGGCACAUCCUCAUCCACAUCCUUAUCCACAACCACAUCCUUAUCCACAUCCACAACAACAUCCUCAACCUCAUCCACAUCCACAUCCUCAUCCAAGACUUCAUCCACAUCCACAUCCUCAUCCACAUCCACAUCCUUAUCCACAACCACAUCCUCAUCCACAUCCACAACCACAUCCUCACCCUCAUCCACAUCCACAUCCUCAUCCACAUCCACAUCCACAUCCACAUCCACAUCCACAACCACAACCACAUCCUCAUCCAUAUCCACAUCAUCAUCCACAACCACAUACACAUCCACAUCCGCAUCCUUAUCCAUAACCACAUCCACAUCCUCAUCCACAACCAUAUCCACAUCCUCAUCCACAACCAGCACAUCCUCAUCCACAUCCUCAUCCACAUCCACAUCCGCAUCCACAUCCACAACCACAACCACAUCCUCAUCCACAUCCUUAUCCACAACCACAUCCUCAUACACAUCCUCAUCCACAACCACAUCCUCAUCCACAACCACAACCACAUCCUCAUCCACAACCACAUCCUCAUCCUCAUCGACAUCCACAACCACAUACUCAUCCACAUCCUCAUCCUUAUCCAUAACCACAUCCACAUCCUCAUCCACAACCACAUCCACAUCCUCAUCCACAACCACAACCACAGGCAGAUCCUCAACCACAUCCUCAUUCACAUCCUCAUCCACAUCAACAUCCACAACCACAUCCUCAUCAUCAUCCACAACCACAUCCUCAUCCACAUCCCCAUCCACAUCCUUAUCCACAACCACAUCCUCAUCCACAACCACAUCCUCAUCCACAACCACAUCCUCAUCCACAACCACAUCCUCAUCCUCAUCCACAUCCACAACCACAUACUCAUCCACAUCCUCAUCCUUAUCCAUAACCACAUCCACAUCCUCAUCCACAACCACAUCCACAGGCAGAUCCUCAUCCACAUCCUCAUCCUCAUCCACAUCCACAUCCUCAUCCACAUUCACAACCACAUCCUCAUCCACAACCACAACC